GACAGUCAUCGCGUUUGGUUGAGUGAGCAGUCAUGUCGGAGCAGGAGUCUCUGAAGAGCUCCAGCGCGAGGAACCGCGGAGGAGUGCAGCGGGUGGAGGGCAAACUCAGAGCCAGUGUGGAGAGAGGAGAUUACUAUGAGGCCCAUCAGAUGUACCGCACGUUAUUCUUCAGGUAUAUGUCACAAGCGAAGCACGCAGAGGCCAGAGAGUUGAUGUACAAUGGAGCGUUACUCUUCUUUAGUUAUAAUCAGCAGAACAGUGCUGCAGAUCUGUCCAUGCUGGUUCUAGAGUCACUGGAGAAAUCUGGAGCCAAAGUGGAUGAGCACACACUAGAGCAUUUGGCGAAACUAUUCAGCCUGAUGGACCCAAACUCCCCCGAGCGAGUGGCGUUUGUCUCCAGAGCAAUCAAGUGGUCAUCAGGGGGGUCGGGCAAGCUGGGCCACCCCAAACUACACCAGCUGCUCGCACUCACAUUGUGGAAAGAGCAAAACUACAGUGAAUCACGCUAUCAUUUCCUGCACUCGUCUGACGGAGAGGGCUGCGCACAGAUGAUGGUGGAAUAUUCAUCAGCGCGAGGCUUUCACGGGGAAGUGGACAUGUUUGUAGCACAGGCCGUAUUACAGUUCCUCUGUCUAAAAAACAAAACAAGUGCAUCGGUGGUGUUCACCACAUACACACAGAAGCACCCGUCUAUAGAGAAGGGUCCUCCGUUCGUUCAGCCUCUGCUCAACUUCCUGUGGUUCCUUCUGCUGGCUGUGGAUGGUGGGAAGUUGACAGUCUUCACAGUGUUAUGUGAGCAGUAUCAGCCGUCACUGAAGAGAGACCCCAUGUACAAUGAGUAUCUGGACAGAAUAGGACAGCUGUUCUUUGGAGUGCCACCUAAACAGUCGUCAUCAUAUGGUGGUUUGCUAGGAAACCUUUUGAACAGUUUCAUGAGCUCAGGAGAGGAAGAGGAGGGUGAGGAAGCUCAGGAGGACAGCAGCCCUAUUGAGCUGGACUAGAGUGUCCUGGAGCAGAGACUCGCUGGUCCCCACAUCACCAAUCAGCCCUGUACCAACCAUUCACUGAACAAUGACCAGUCACGCAUCUGUUUGGGCGCUCUUUUUCAGUAACUAACUCUUUCCUGUUAUUGUUGGACUUUGUUCUGUGUAUAGUUUUUGAAGAAUGAAGGUGCAACAAUAUCCAACUUCCUGGACUAUUGUCGAACAAAAUUCAUAAAAGAAACAGGUGCACUUCACAUGUCUCCACGUGUAGUUCUGCCGAGCUGUCGGUGUGGUGGGCCCUCGUUUGUGAGAGGGGCCCCUCCAUUACUUUCCUGUCCCGCCAUGGGGGGGUGGAAGUAAUUCAAUUACUCUAACUUGUAAUCCAUGCUCAUGUACUUUGAUGAAUUCUACAGUAUGAUAGUUCAAACCGGAGUGAGGUUUGGUCCUGCGUGUCUGUGCACAGCUAGGUCUUACCAGAGAUAUUACCGUAUCCUUGAUGGGACAUUUCACCACUGUUACUUUGUGUGUGUGUGUGUGUGUGAAGAUGAGAAAAGCACAGAUCUUAAAAGUAAGUGAAUGAUGAAUGCAUGGUUCAUGUUGAUCGGAGUGUGAAUGUGCCGUUAUCGGCCACCAGGGCGCUGCUUCAUUCCCUGCUCAAGUGUGAUUGAGCUUAAUAAAAGGAUAGACAUGGAUGUAACUGAAA